UCUGUGCACUGUGGCGCCCCCAGGAGCAUCCUAGAAAGAGGCAGUGAGGAAGAGGAGUCUUGAAGGGAGAGAGAGGCAUAAAAGGCCGGGAAACUCCUUGAUGUCCUUCUCUGUCUCUGUGUCCCCAGGGUGUCUGAGAGGAGCAGGGCUCCAUGGAGCGCAGACCACCCAACAUGACGGUGUCCCCCACACCUGAAUAUCCAGGAUAUGGUUCUGACAAUUCAACACAGAUUAGGAAAGGUGGUAGUUCAUCUGGAAGCCUUGACUUUUAUGGCUGGAUGAACAUCCUCUCUCUGCUCAUUGCCCUGCUUGGGCUGGUGGGGAACGGCGCCGUCCUGUGGCUCCUGAGCUUCCGCAUCCGCAGGAAUCACUUCUCCGUCUACAUCCUCAACCUGGCGGCGGCCGACGCCCUCUUCCUUUGUGGCUCCUUGCUGAAAUCUAUAGUGCAAUUUAAUGAAUAUAGUUUUAAAUUUUCGAUGCGGAGAAAUCUGUACUUCCUCAGAUUCAUGUCCUACGCUGCGGGCCUGAGCCUCCUGGCCGCGAUCAGCACCGAGCGCUGUCUCUCCGCGCUCUUCCCCAUCUGGUACCGAAAUUGCCGAUCCAAGCACACGUCGGCCGCGGUCUGCGCCGGGCUCUGGGCUCUGGCCGGGAUGUUCUGGCUACUACCUUUUGUUCUUCCAAAUAAGUUUUCUCAUAACUUUGUCACCUUCGUCACCAUCCUGGGUCCGUGGCUGCUCCUCCUCACCUGUGUGAUGGGCGUGUCCAGCCUGACUCUGCUCCUGAGGGUCCAGUGCCGCUCCCGGCGCCGGCGCCCCCCCAGGCUCUACCUCCUGGUCCUGCUCACGGUCCUUUUGUUCCUGCUCUGCGGCCUGCCCAUGGGGGUCGAGGACUUCCUGGAAAUUCGGUUCAACAAAUAUUUGCUACCUUAUUGGCUCUAUGACCCCCUGGCCUGUGUGAACAGCAGCGUGAACCCCCUCAUUUACUUCUUCGUGGGCAGACUAGGGAAUAAGCGGAGGGAGCCUCUCAGGGAGGUGCUCCAGAGGGCCCUUGGGGAUGAGCAGGAGUUAGGAGAUGGGACAACAAACACCCCCCACACCAGCAGCCCAGAGACUACACUCUGAGCCUAAGAAGUUGUUCAGACACAGCAGCCCUUGAAAUGACCCCCCUGCCCCAAGCCCAGUAGCAGCUCCCCCCUCCCUGGGAGGAAAAUCAGGAUUCCCCUGCCAUUAUUUAUGUGGAUACCUAAGAUGGGAACUCUAGGCAAUGAACAUUUAUUAGGUGCCUAUUGUAUACCAGGCAGCUGGAUAUCCAAAAAGGACAGAACUCCAAGGCCUGGAAUGGGAAGAGCUGAGGUCACAUCUAGUCUAAGAACGUAGCUGUAUAACCCUGCACAAGUCACUCAACUCUGCCUCAAUUUCCUCAUCUGUAAAAUGAACUAUCAAAAGAAAUGCAAAGCUCUCAAGUAUCUUUGUCCAGAAAACCCCAGAUAGGGUCAUAUGACUGAACAAGAAGACUAUACCAGGAACUGUACUAAGCCCUUCAAAACAUCGCAUUUAGGGGCUGAUAGGUGGCACACUGGAUAGAGCAGCAGCCCUGAAGUCAG